UAGGUUGGCAAUUCUGGAUGCAAUACUAAAUUGGCGCGAAUUCUUGGUCACAGUACACGUUUCUUGUAAACAUAGAUUUUUCGACAUUACGUAGUGCAGUAUAAUCUGAUAGUUUUGUUUUAGUUAUCAUGGGUAUUCUAGGUUUAGCAAAACUAGUUGCUGAUAUUGCACCAAAUGCUAUUAAAGAACGAGAAUUGAAACAUUAUUUUGGUCGUAAAGUUGCUAUCGAUGCAUCUAUGUGUUUAUACCAAUUUCUUAUCGCUGUUCGGAGUGAAGGUGCUCAACUUACUACAGUAGAUGGAGAAACAACAAGUCAUUUGAUGGGUACAUUUUAUCGAACAAUACGCUUGGUAGAAAAUGGAGUAAAACCUGUAUAUGUAUUCGAUGGAAAACCUCCAAACUUGAAAGGUGACGAAUUAGCUAAGCGUGCAGAAAGGAGAGACGAGGCACAAAAACUUUUGCAAGCUGCAGAAGAAGCUGGAAAUGUGGAAGAUAUCGAGAAGUUUAAUAGACGAUUAGUGAAAGUUACAAAAGAACAUGCAGAUGAAGCUAAACAUUUGUUGAAAUUAAUGGGUAUUCCAUAUGUUGAGGCACCUUGUGAAGCAGAAGCACAAUGUACUGCUUUAGUCAAGGCUGGUAAAGUGUUUGCAACAGCAACAGAAGAUAUGGAUGCACUUACUUUUGGAUGCAAUGUUUUACUUCGUCGAUUAACAUUCAGUGAGGCUAGAAAAAUGCCUGUACAAGAAUUUCAUUUUGAUAAAGUAUUAGAAGGUCUUGAAUUAAAUCAUGAUGAAUUCAUUGAUCUGUGCAUUAUGAUGGGUUGUGAUUACACAAACAGCAUUAAAGGAAUUGGCCCAAAAAGAGCAAUUGAAUUGAUCAAGACACACAGAUCACUUGAGAAAAUUGUUGAAAAUUUAGACUCAAAAAAAUUCUCGGCUCCAGAAGAUUGGAAUUAUAAACAAGCUCGAAUAUUAUUCCAGAAGCCUGAAGUGACAGAUCCUGAUAAAAUUGAUUUAAAAUGGUCUGAGCCAGAUGAAGAAGGACUAGUUAAAUACUUAUGCGGUGAUAAACAAUUUAAUGAAGAUAGAGUAAGAAGUGGAGCAAAGAAGUUACACAAAGCAAGAAAUACUUCUACCCAGGGCAGAUUAGAUACCUUUUUUAAGGUCUUGCCAAAUUCAAAUCCUAGUCUUGCAAAGCGCAAAGCAGAAGAAACGAAGGGAGCUGCAAAGAAGGCUAAGAAAGGCGCUACUGGAAAAUCACGUGGAAGGCCAAAAUAAUUCAUAGUCACUGAUGAUGUACAUUCAAACAUAUUGAAUCUCUCUUAUAUGUAUAUCUCUUAAUUUACGUCUGAAAUUAUUCACAUUAUUCAAUACAGGAAAAGUCACAAGGAAUUUAAGUUCGUCUAUAUCUAAAUGUAUUAUAACUGAAACGUACUUAUGCACCUUCAUAUUUAUUUGAUAAAAUAGAUCAUACAUUUUUAAAUAA